AUGGCUACCCUCAGUGUCCUUACCUUUGAUGCUGAGGGUCGGGCUGUUGACUUUGAGGUCUGGGUCGAUGACUUACAGCUUUUCCUACAGUGCGAUAGGGCAGACGGUCUCUCCCUUUUCGAUCUCACGUCUGGUGCCUCUCCUGCCCCGCCUGCUGAUGCUGACAACACUGUUCGCUCACAGUGGGCCACACGCGAUGCUGCUGCCCGUCUUGCUGUGCGUCGCCACUUACCGACCGCUGAGGGUGCGCACUUUAGUCAGUACAAGAGUGCUAAGGCUUUCACCCGGCUCCCUGACUCCCUUCGCUUAGUCAGGGACCACUUCCUCUCAGUUUGCCCCACCACACUCACCGUUGACCUCCUCAAGGAGCGCCUCCUGGCAGCAGAGAGGAGUAUAGUCGCUGUAGGAGCCUCUCGUGGUGACCCUCGCACCCCCGUCUUUGAGGGGUGUUUCCCCUCCCCCCUCUUGCCCUCUGUUGCCUCUGCUGCUGCGGCCGACCUCGUUGGCCUCGAGUCGGUCGGAGCUGCGUCUGCCCCUAGCGAGAGACGCCGCACCGGCAAGGGCAAGGGGGCAAGGGCGCUGGAGGAGCUGGCGGGGGCGGUGGAGGUGGCGGUGGAGGCGGUGGAGGGGGUGGGGGUGGUGGUGGGAGUGGUGGCGGGGGUGGAGGCGUCGGUGGCAGCAGUGGAGGCGGAGGAGGCGGAAGCAGUGGCGGUGGGAGCGGAGGAGGCGGUGCCGCUGUGGCUGCUGCUCUAG